CGGGGCUUGUCUCGCUGCUGCCGGCGCCUCGGGCCGCCAGGGGCAGGCGCGAGCAGGAAGCAAAGCGAAAGGAGCGGGGCAGGCUGCGUGCCGGGCGCUCCGGGCGCCCCCUGUCCGGCCCGACCCGACCCGACCCGACCCGCGCUCGCCAUGGCCAUCGCCCACAUCGCCACCGAGUACGUCUUCUCCGACUUCCUGCUGAAGGAGCCCUCCGAGCCCAAGUACAAAGGGCUGCGGCUGGAGCUGGCGCUGGACAAGCUGGUCACCUGCAUCGCCGUGGGGCUGCCCCUGCUGCUCAUCUCGCUGGCCUUCGCGCAGGAGAUCUCCAUAGGUACCCAGAUAAGCUGUUUUUCUCCCAGCUCAUUCUCCUGGCGCCAGGCUGCGUAUGUGGACUCCUACUGCUGGGCAGCUGUGCAGCAAAAGCAGUUAUUGCAGAGCGAUUCAGGACACAUUCCACUGUGGCUUCAUAAAUUUUUCCCAUAUAUCCUGCUACUAGUUGCUAUCCUGUUGUAUCUACCAUGCUUGUUCUGGCGCUUCACUGCAGCACCCCAUCUUUGCUCAGAUCUGAAAUUUAUUAUGGAAGAACUUGACAAGGCCUACAACAGGGCAAUCAAAGCAGCUAAUAGCUUUCACAGUGGAGACACUAGAGACCCCAGUAGCCUGCCUCCAGCUGUUAAUGAAAACUUGACACAAAGUUUGUGGGAGAUAUCUGAAAGCCACUUUAAAUACCCCAUUGUGGAACAAUACCUGAAGACAAAAAGAAACUCCAAAAACUUAAUAAUCAAAUAUGUUAUUUGCCGUCUACUAACAUUAGUAAUUAUCCUGUUUGCAUGCCUCUAUCUGGGCUAUUAUAUCAAUCUCUCCUCUAUGACUGAUGAGUUUUUGUGCACCAUCAAAACUGGAAUCUUAAAGAAUGACACAACCGUUCCAGAACUAGUUCAAUGUAAGCUUAUUGCUGUUGGCGUCUUCCAGCUACUCAGUUACAUUAACUUAUUUGUGUAUAUUUUGGUGAUGCCUCUUGUAAUGUAUGCCAUGCUCGUCCCAUGCAGGCGAAGCUCAGACAUUCUUAGAGUAUAUGAAAUUCUGCCAACGUUUGAUGUUCUGAAACUCAAGUCAAAUUAUGAUGAUUUAAGCCUCUACCUCCUCUUCCUUGAGGAAAACGUAAGUGAGCUUAAAUCAUACAAGUGCCUCAAAGUGCUGGAGAAUAUUGCAGGCCCUGGGAAGUGUGACAUAAUCCAUCUGUUGCCAAACCUUGGUACGAUUAAGACGACAGAUACGGUAGAUGGGAAGCCAGCAACUGUGAAAGAGAAGCCUGACGAGAAAAUUACAGAAGAACCAGAAAGGACUACAACAGAACUACAAGUUUUUACAGAUCUGCUCCCAAGUUGCAAUACAAGCGCAAGCAACGAAGAUAAGGUUCGUCAAAGACUUAUAGAUUCUUCAUGCUGAUUGCUCCUGCACGCUCCUCUUUUGACGGUUGUAGCACAGGACCACUGCCCUCUAUCCCCACCUCCAAUACAAGCCGCACCGAACACAGGACGCUGCCUUUCUCAAUGAAUGGACUGGGUUUGGGGUCCUACCAGUUCACCAGAGAGGAUAAACCAGUUUGCAGACUGUUUACAUACAGUACAGUUAACCUCUUAUCACAAAAGGCACCAUCUAGAGUUUGAAUAUUUAUAAAACCACUUUACUACGAAUUAUGGAAAAGGGAAAUCCAUCAGGUAAUUAGCAUGCAGAAUGGAUUACCAGAAGCAGCAGUUGAAGCUGAGACCAUUUAAACAAUAGGCGUGUGCUUACAGUGAUGAAACACUGAACUGCAUAGACGCUAGAAACAGAGAUGGCCAGAUUCCAUCCUGAGAUGGCGUGGUGUUGAGGUGUGUGUAACAGAGUACUGGAAAUGCCAAACUUUGUUACUUGCCACCUAGUGUCCAAUUCUGCAGUUCUUACUCCAUCUAUAAAAAGAACAGGAGUACUUGUGGCACCUUAGAGACUAACAAAUUUAUUAGAGCAUAAGCUUUCGUGGGCUACAGCCCACUUCUUCGGAUGCAUAUAGAAUGGAACAUAUAU